AGUUAGUCAAUGGUCUCUCACACGACAGACCCUCAUUGAACGCACCCAUUUUAAGCAAACGGAUUUUUCUCUUCGCAAUUUCGAAUCAAACAAAAGAAAAUCGAAGCCAAGCAAAAAAGUCAUCACUCAUCAAAUCCCAUUUUAAUUUUACAAAUUUUUAUCUCAAUCAAUUUUUUCUUGUACACACAAAAAUUGCAACGACAUGUUUUUGGUGUCAUCGACGAUGAAACGUUCGCGCUCAUGCAGUUGGUUGUGUUCAUUUGUGUGAUUUCUUUUGUGUUCUGUCUCUUCGUUCGUUCGUUAAAUUGUGUUUGUAUUGAAAGUAGCGUUUAUUUACACUCUUACGACCGAGACAAAGAGAGAGAGAGAGAGAGAGAGAGAGAGAGCAGCGACGAACGAAGAAGAGAAGUGAAGUAAAAAUACGAAAUGCGAUUUGACUGACGUCAGGAAGACUGAACCACAGAGCGAAAAGAACAAUAAUAAAAGCAAUAUGAAAAUAAAGUCGCAGUGAGCAACAACACACAACAUCGAAGAAAAAAAAGAGUACCCAGCAAAUAUUAUAGAGACUCGUUUGCUCGCUGAAAAUUAAACGUCAAAACAAUUGAAAAGAUUUUCGAGUUAAAUAUCGAGUUUAGUUUUUGUGUGGUUUAAUCUUUUUUUUUCCCAUCAUCGAGAACAUGUGAAUAGAAAAAUUAUUUGCCCAACGAAACACGAAACUGCAUGUCUCUCUCUGUGUGUGUGUGUGUGUUCGCCAAAAUCGUGAAUCAUUUUUUUGAUCUUCGAAAUAUCUGCACCUUCAGAAGAGAGACACAAAGUACAUUUUGUUUUUCAUAUUAAAUAUCGAGAGCCGAAUGUAUCGAAGCUGUUUGUGUAUAUCGAAUAAGUGGCACUCGUUCUUCAUUUUUAUUUUUAGUUUCUUUUAAUUUGGUUUCUUUAUCUUCGUUCGGGUUGGUUUGUUUGUUUUUUUAUCUCUUUUCUCUGAAGGAGACACAAGUGAUAACUCAGGCGACACAAUCGACGCAAAUUCGCAUUGUUUCACUUAGAUCGUCAUCUUUUUCGUUUCGUUCGAUUCCUUCAUCACGGGACAGACAGAGACCGAGUGAAUUGCAUCGAGAAUAUAAAGUGCCAGUGUGUGCGUGUGAAAAUAAAAGAAUUGAGUUGCCAUGAAUUUGAAAAUACUAGUUCUAAACAUAUUGUUAUUUAUAUUGAGCGAAGUGUUUGCUUACCAAACCCGUCUUGUCUCCGAACUAUGUCCGUCAUCAGAUAGUCUGACGAAAAGUUUCAACACAAUUUUUCGCAACAUGAAAGAGGUGAAGCUGGGCGAGAAUGAUCAAUCGGCAGCAUUGGUACAAUUCACAUGGAAUUCAUCCACAUUCAAGCGCUACGACGAUUGUCGAUUCAGAGUGGUGUCCAGCAUUGACGAUGAUAAAACACGAAAUCGUGGUGUUUUCGUAUCGAUACGACGAUUAAAUCUACGGAAAAGCCUCCAUUCAGAAGAGUGCAUCGAUUAUAUUCGCUUUACAUUUGGCGAUGAGAAAUCACCCAAAUAUUGCGGCCAGUUGAAUGCAUCCAUCGAUGAUGUGAAGAAAAUCUAUUUUGGUGAGGGUGGCGGUGUGAUUGAAGUUCGCUUGAAAUUGGACAAAACUCUACCAUUCAAACACAUUGACGAUACACUUGACUUGGAAUUGGUUUUUACUGCCAAUGAAGAUUGUGGCGAACCAAAUUUGAUAAAAUGCUAUGGAAAUACGUGCAUAUCGAAGACACUGGAAAAUGAUGGCAUCAACAAUUGUCCGCCACCGUAUUGUUUUGAUGAGGGUGGCCGCUGUCCAAAGCCACCCAUUGUGGUGGCAUCAAAAGAAGCGACGGCCAACAACACAGACAUUGUGAUCAGUGCAUUAACAUCGUUGAUCUUCACACUGGUUGGUGUUGGUUCAUGUCUGUGGCUGUGCUGGCACAUAAAGGAUUGCUUUUUACCAGAACAAGAUACUCAGGGUAGGUCUAGUGUAAAUGGUGGUACAUCGAAUGGUGGUCAAACAGCACAUGAUCGUCGCUAUGCGAAUAACACACGAUCGACGGCAUUCAAUACGCCCGGCGAUAAUUAUACAUCGGCUACGGCAUCAACACAUCACACCGGUCGACCAACAGUGCCGGCGAGUGACGAUAAAGACGAUAAUCCGCCAUCCUAUGACACACUAUUCCCCCAUUUAGCCAAUUCAAAUAAUGAAAACAAAUAGGUUUUUGUGCUGUGAUAUCUAUUCAACAUUGUUCACAAAAUGAAAAAGAAGAAAAAAAAACAGUAUUAAGGAUUUUCUCUGAGCACGCGCGCGUCUCCCUUUCCAAACACCUUUCGCGGCCGGCCACACAUACAUAUACACGUCUAUCUCAAUUUAGCCAGACCGAUUCAACCGUUUGAAUUUGUACACGUUAAACUUAAACACUUAAGGGAACAGCGAUUUGAAAAAACCACUUAAUCUAGGUCAGAUGUCCCAUUAUAAAUGAAACAUACGCGCCAUUUUUAAGCGCCACUAAAAAAAUCAACCAAAAAUUUGUAGAAGAAGAAGAAGAAGAAGAAGAAGAAGAAGAAGAAGGGAAAAAAUGCACCACUGUGGAUUCACUGUGCUUUAUAAUCGAAGAAAACGAAAACAAAAAAUUGUUGCAUGACUUUUCUGUGCUAUAAACAAAACAAAAAAUUGAGUAUUCGCUAGAUAGCUUUUAGAUUGUAGACAACGCACACGAAAUUACCUUUGAUUUACAUAUAAAUUUCAAUCGAUUUAUUAUUGCCUUACGAUAAUAAUGAGUGCUAAUUAAGCCAACCAAUUUAUACCACCUCAACUAUCGCCGCUCUGGUCCGUAUUUUGAUCCGGCUUUUCUCACUCUUCCUCCCCACCUCUCUCUCUCUCUCUUCACCGCACACACCGCCGAACAAAUUAUAUGCUUUCGCACUUGUUAGCUAACAACAACUAUUUAAGAUGAGCUGAACAAACGCUAAUUGAUUACAAAUCUCUAUAUACACGUACACCAGCAGCAGAGUGUAGAAUAUGCAAAUAUUCGUUGCGAACGGAACGUGUUGCUGUCUGUCGGCCCACAGCAAAAUUUAUACAUGGCCAUUAAUUGAGGCGAAUUAUUUUAAUCAGACACAUUCGCACAAUACGAAUUUUUCGAAUUGAUUUCCACAUUUUUCUACCUCAUCGUGAAUCAACGAUGAAACAAACAUUUGUUUUAAUUCAAUUUUUGUUUUGUCAAAACAAAACCAUGUUUUCUCAGUCAUUGCAAAUGUCAUUGAUCGAAAACGAUCCCAAUUGAUUUGAUUGUUGAUGAAAUUUUCUGUCGCUGCCACUUUUUGUUUGGUUUUCCUUAAUUACGCAGCGGAUGUUUGGCAAAUUAUCUCAUUUCAUUGGAAAUUGUUUUUCACAAACCGUUAUAGUCAAAACAAACAAACGAUGACUCAGGUCAAUGCGUAGCAACCACUGAAUCGCAUACACAAGGCGCAUUCUCCACGCAUACACACACCGUGCCGAAGAACGAAUCGAACGACAUCAACUCUUGUGCCAAAAGAACAAUCGAAUUUAUAAGGAUUAGAAUACGGUUUCGGUUUCGGUUUCGGUUUGGAAGUAACAUUUUUCUUUGAAGCUCAUCAUAGGCCAUCAUUCAUGGCUCUAUCUAUAUUUGAAACUGUAGAUUUUUUGGGCUCCUUCAAGCCUUUGCGAGUGGUGUUUUGCGAUUUUGUUUGACCAAAUCGAACAAAUGAACUUAUUGCUACAAAUUAAAAUAACUCAUGAGCAAACGGGGUUUUUACUGAAUAAAAGAUUAAAGUCAAUAUGACUUGAGUUAAAAUUGUUCAAAAACCCUAUCAAAAAUGGUCACGACGGGAAUUUUGAGAAAAUUUCGGCAAACGAUUGGUGUAAAACCGAUUUUUUUCUUCAAUUUUUUGAAAGAAAUAUCUUUUAUUGGUUUUUUCACCGUCUAAUCAACGACUGAAACCAAAGAAAUUUGAUAAAGUCCAAUCGAUGAUUUAGUAGACGAACCAAUUUUGAACAAGGAAACAAAACCCUUCCAAGAGCAAAUCAGGUAUCGUUUGAUUCGGAAUCCAAAUUUUGGAUUCAGUUGUGGAAAUACCAAAGCAAAAUGAAGUAAAAACUCUAAAGAAAAACGGAUUUGUUUGAUAUCGUUUGAUUUGAAAGUAAACGUGGUUUUAAAAACAGUGAUACUAACAUUGAUUCCACUAGCAACUUCAAUUAAUUCAUAUUCCUACUGCUAUUGUCACUCUUUCUCUCUUGUUCUUGCUCUCCCUCCCUCUAGCUCCAUCUCACUCCAUCUCUCUCUCUCUCUCUCUAACUCAAAUUCAGUUCACUAUCUCUUUCUCAAUUCGUUCUUUUUUUUCAUUCUGCUACAGAACGUGAGUGACUUAAAAGUGUUGCAUAUGCGCACACUUAUCAAUUCGAAUUAUUUUGUAGUGAGGUGAUGGUUGGUAUUUGCAUAAAAGUGUGUGAAGACAAGUGCUUGGUGAAGCCAGCACAACAUCGAAUCAGCGAACGAAAUAAAUUCUAAAACAACGCUCUACGUAACAUAAAUUGCCUUCAUUUUUCGUCAUUGCAAAUAAUAACAACAACAAUAAAAAACAAUUCAAAUGGCCUUGCAUUCAAAGAUUAACAGGUAUAACGAAAACAAAAAAUUAUAGGAUAUAAGCUUAAUACACAUUCGGUUUCAUGGCAUUCCGACAUUUUUUGAUAACAGCAAAUCUAUACAAUUUACAUUUUCGUCAAAAUGUUGCUCGAUGUUUUUUUGUUUGUUAAUGGAGUGCCUUCAUACAUACACACGCGCAAAAGUCACGCAGAAAAGUCAGUAUUUAAAACGCAUCAAAGUAUUUUUAAUUUUAUUCACAUCAAAAUCACAUAAAAUAAAAAUGGUUCAUUUUGUUUUUCUAUAAGGAAAUGCUAACCAAAAAUUCAGAAUUGAAACAAAAAAUUCACAAUAAUUAUUUUUUAAUGAAAUUGUUCACAAAACUAUCGCUUGAAAUUCACAAACAAAAAAGAAGAAACAAAAUCGCAUGCAAACAAACAAAAUUAUGGGCUCGCACGCCAAAUCAAAAUGUCUCUCAUCAAAAUAUUCUUCAUACCAAUAAAUAUACACAAAAUAGCAUUUAAGAUACGUUGUGUUUAAGAGAAAUUGAUUAGAAUAUAGGCAAAAAGUGUAACUAAUCAGGAUAUUGUUGUUGUGCUCCGUGCUACUUGUUCAAGAAAUGCGGCUAAAUAAAAAAAAAACAUACACAUUUUUUUUUAAAACA